AUGAGUUUUGGGAGAUCUGUAUUUGAGGGCCCAGCCCUCAGCUCUUGUUCGCAAACAUGUGUCAACUGGUCUGGCGAUUUUACUGCCGUGGCCGUUUGCGGCCUCGUUGAUCAAUUGAACGUCAAGGAGAGCCUCUUCUUCAAAGACGAACAGAGGAAGGAUUUCACAAUAAAGGACGCUACUAAGUCCUUCGUGAUCAAGUAUCCCCAGUUCGGAGCUGAACUCCUCUACUUUAACUACGAUCAUAAAACCGGAUGCAAGGACAUCACACUAAAAAGGGGUAGCGACGAACGCUUGAGGAUCUGGGUCGCGGACGAGGAUGGUAAUGGCAGGGACAUCGAUACUUGGAAUCAUGCGGAGACGACCAAGAGACUUUGCACAAAGUGGCUCCGCAUCCACAUCAAGUACGAUGGUAAAAAAUAUUAUUAG